GGAGGCGGCCGGGUUGUUCGUUAUUGAACGAGGUCAUUUUUUCAUGUUGAGGUUCUCGUCACGAAACAUGCGGCGCUCAUGCCGAAGAAACGGCAUUGUCAUCGCAGCGAGCGGUGGUGUCGUUCUCCAUCGUGCGCACGCAACGUGUGCAUUCUUCGUCCUGGACCCCGCGGAUGUUGCGUGCACAGCACUGGCGUUUGUCGUACGCAAUUUGCUGUCACAUGAUGAUGAUGAUGAGGAGGACGGUGGCGUUGUUGAUGACUACGACGAUUUCGGUGAUGAUGAUGAUGAUGGUGUUGAUGAUGUCGUUGAUGAUGAUGGUCGUGAUGAUGAUGAUGGUGUUGAUGAUGAUGACAACGAUGAUGAUGAUGAUGAUGACGAUGACGCAGAAAACCGCUUUACCUUAACGAGGGCACAGCGCACACGAUGGCGCGGCUCUCUGACGGGGCACAAGUCUUGGACGACGCGCAAUUCUCCGACGAUGGCGAAGCGCGCACGAUGGCGCGACUAUUCGACAAGGGCUGAGUGCAGACCACGACGGCCACUUGCUACCGCAAAACGCAACGAGGGAAUGUCGAAGCGCCGACAACUGGACCCCAGCAGCGGGGAGAAGGACGGGAAAGAGUUGGCGACGAGAGGGACGCCCGCAGACACGUGGCGCAACAGCGGAGUAGCAAAGGCGAUGGAGGAGGUCGCCGAAGGAACGUCAUGCGUGAAUGCGCUCGUCACGGCUGGAGAUGCGAAUGCGCUGCACCAGACCCCAGGCAGCGGAGCCCCGAACUUUCAACAGCCGUGUGGUCCUGUAAUCUUCGUCGAAGCCAACAAGCGUCGCAGGGUUCAGGGGGCUGUCUUGCGGUGGGAGAAUGCGAAAGGCAGUCGUCGGCGGUUCUACAUGAAAAAUGUAUACGGUUCCAAGGGGAACGUCGUCGCCGCUGCCAAGGGGGCGGUUCUCGACAUGUGUCUGUUCGAGGGGUUCGGAGCGGGUGCUGCGAACACCCCGUUCUACAACGAUCUCCAGCGGCAGGGCGGGUUUGUUUUGGGACGAGAGUUCUUCGACUUGUUGGAUGAGAAGGACAUCGCCCUCGACGUCCCUUGCGAAGUCGGCCCUGACCUGGAACUGUCAACGCCUUUGCAACUGUGCGGCGGUUGUGAGCCGAGCGGGGCAGCGGGGGAGGGGGGGGAUCUGGGUUCCGGCGAGGCUACACAUGUGCAGCGGGAGGAUGCCAGAGGUCAGUUUGACGACAGCGAAGAUGAGGCGACACCGCGUCCGUCGUUUUCGGCAUCGAGGGAAAGAGACCGGUCAGUGCUGUUCAUACCUGGGGUACGACAAAAGGUCGCAGUGGAUCCCGGAGAAGAGGCAGUCCAGUGUGGGUCCGACUUGGAGCCCGGCGAGGAACAUGGCGCGAACGACAACGCCGUGGGCGGUGAGGGAGCGCAAAGGACUCCCCAAAAAAGGAGGGGAGAUUGUCAAGAGAACGUGGUAGGCUCUUCGAAGAAACAGAAGACGAGGACCCCCACGACUAUGGGAGAAAAACGGAAGGGAAGGGGGGUGGAAGAGGACCACCCGGGUAGCAAACGUCCAGCUUCAAAACAGAAACAACCUGCGUCAGGACCUUUCACGACAAGGCCUGCCAUCGACGUGGACGCCGGGUACUUCCUGGAGUACAAGGACGACGUCAGGACAAGGCGAGAGUUUGAGAUUAGCCCGGCUCAGAUCGUCGACCUCGCGGAGUGGGAGGAUCUUUACAACCAGCGGUCGCAGGAUCCUGUCCUCGUGGGAACGAUAAAAGAAGCAAUGCAGUAUGCGUUCGAAAAUAAAGAGCAGACGUACGAGUUGCCGAUCUUCAAGCUCACACCACUGGGGCUUCAAAAACCAACUCCAGGGACCAAGGCUCAACGUCUGAAGCCGGAGGAUUGGAAGGACGAGUUGGCGGGAGAAUACUACUACUACGCGGUGUGCGGGCAGCAUAACGCGGCUGCAGCCCCGUCGCUGCUCGGGAGCGAGGUGGCCAAGAAGUACAAUUUCGAGCGGUGGCCGGCCCAAAUGCUUUACUUUUCGGACGACGACUUCGAAGGGUAUUUUCUUGUUAGUUCACAGGACAACAAGACGGACCUGAAGGCGCCUCCCAGACAGUUGAAGCUAUCUAUGAAAGACAUUCGGUGGCAGUGGAAGCAUGACGGCUGCCCGAGAGCUGUGAUGGGGAACCCUAGUGGAAAACAAGAUCAGGUCCGGGCUUGGCGCAAAAAGGAGAAAGUGGAGGGCGAUUGGUUCGUGCAAGUGCUCGACCCGGACGCGCAUUGUUGGAAAGCAAUGGAAUCAUUCACGGACAAUGAGAAGUGUCGAGUUCUAAAGAAGGUGCUUGCUUGCGAGGUCGUUUGGGUCCAGGCCGGCUCCCCGUCGUUGGCGAAGUUGGGGAAGCUCAGCGUGCAGGACAUGGUGCAGCUGGUGAAGUGCGACCGCGUGCUGGUCCGGUUGUGGAAUUACUACCAGUUCAAACACGAGAAGAGGUCGGACGCGGAUUGGAUCCAAAGGUACCCUUUCCUGAAAUCGAGGUCUGCAGUGUUCAGGAAGUUUGAAAGCCAGGGAUUGGAUGACAAGUUGUGGGAUAACAGCAGGAAACACGUUUCAGACUCGGCGCUGUUCAAGGACUGCCCGCCGUACAUGGGUUGCGACCAGGACAACUCGAUUGAGGUGACGGAGAAGUUGGCGGGACACAAGAAGUUGUCCGUCGACUGGAGAAACAAGGUUCUCUCCGUGUUAAAUGAGAGCAGACUGAAGAGCCGGGAGGUCGCACUUGCCGAAGGCAUUGUUCACAUUAAAUGGAAAGACACGGGGGACGUGACAUCCAUCGUGCCGUUCGCUAACGACCCUUUGGAGGCGGACAUGAGGAGCGCAGAGCUGAAGGAAGUAGUGGCUGCCACAAAGAGCCACACGUUCAUCCUCGAUCUGUGCGAGCCGGUUGACCUCAAACUGUGGAAGGCCCAAGUGUGGGAGACAUUGGAUUCCUAUCUUCAGACGUGGUGUCCGUCGCAUUGGACUCUCGUUGUUUUCGUGCCGCGGCAGCACAACCUCACGUUUCUCGCCAGCAUGCACCAUCUUUCUUUCGUCAAGCUGUUGGAAGGGAAGUGGGUGAGGAGAGUUCAACAAAAGAAAAGCUUCCCCGUUGGGAACAAUUUGUACACGGAGGAAGACCGCAUGUACAUCCUCUUCAAGGGUGACAAUCUGCGCGCCAACACGUCCGUGGUCUACGAGGGAAACCUGCCCAGGGGUGCCGCUGCUGCGGUGCGAUUGCCUCAGAGGGUCACCCAGACGGAUGGCAGUGUCUACGGGGAUAUGGAACACAAUCCGACACAAUUCGUCAGUCUACUUGAUUUCCUUGGGAAGAAGGGAGAGGGUGUCGUGUUCCUUGGAAAACCGCACUCGCGAAGCAUCUGGGAUCUUCUGAAGGCCGGACGACACGUUGUCACGAUGGAAGGGAACGCCGAGCUCUCGCAAUUCACAAUGCAGGUGGUGAAAAGCGAGGUCAAUUCGGACGGGCACAAUUGUGAGUUUAUGGUCGUGAAGCCAACACGGGAUAAGGUGUGGAGCAACAAGACGGAUAUGUGGUUCAAGUUGAGCGAGAGGAAGAGGAACAAGAUAUACGAUUUCUUGUUCCUUCAAACGCGGCCGAGGAAGAACUCUGACGCCGAGUACGUCCGCCGGAAGGACCACAUGUUCGCACUGCUCGACAACUACCACUUCGCCUCCCGCAUGAACGCGAAGACGUUUCUCGAUAGGCUGCAGUCGCUGUACUUCGUGGAGUCUGAGGAGCAGUUGAAGUUAGCCAGUUACGCUUCCCUGAUCUCCUGUGUGUCCUAUGAACGGAGAACGGGUGAAAUUCAACGUCGUUGAACCCGUUCAACGGGCCUGGGGGGCCCUGUUAAAUCGCGUUUAACACGAAAACG